AUGGCCUCGGAGGCAGUGAAGGUGAUCGUGCGCUGCCGGCCCAUGAACGAGCGUGAGAAGGCUCUUGGCUGCAAGACGGUUGUCAGCAUGGAGAGUGCGCGGGGUCAGUGCUUCCUCCAAAACCCCACUGCCACUGGCGAGCCCCCAAAGCAGUUCACCUUCGACGGGGCAUACUACAAGGAGCACAACACGGAGCAGAUCUACAAUGAGAUCGCCUACCCACUUGUGGAGGGUGUCACCGAAGGCUACAAUGGCACCAUAUUUGCCUACGGCCAGACUGGCAGUGGAAAAUCAUUCACCAUGCAGGGAAUCGUAGAUCCUUCUACCCAGAAAGGCAUAAUCCCCAGGGCGUUUGAGCACAUUUUUGAGAGCAUACAGUGCGCUGAAAAUGCCAAGUUCUUGGUGAGAGCUUCCUACCUGGAGAUUUACAAUGAAGACAUACGAGACCUUCUGGGAGCUGAUACCAAGCAGAAGUUGGAGCUGAAGGAACACCCAGAGAAAGGGGUGUACGUGAAGGGGCUGUCUCUGCACACCGUGCACAGCGUGGACCAGUGCGAGCGGAUCAUGGAGACGGGCUGGAGAAACCGCACCGUGGGUUACACCCUCAUGAAUAAGGACUCCUCCCGCUCCCACUCCAUCUUUACUGUCAAUAUGGAGAUCUGCACCAUAGAUGAGCGAGGGCAGGACCACCUUAGGGCCGCAAAACUCAAUUUAGUGGAUCUGGCAGGAAGCGAGAGACAGUCCAAAACUGGAGCCACAGGGGAGCGGCUUAAAGAGGCCACCAAAAUCAACCUCUCCCUCUCAGCCCUGGGCAACGUCGUCUCGGCCCUCGUCGAUGGCAGGUGUAAACACAUCCCCUACCGAGACUCAAAGCUGACCAGGCUGCUGCAAGACUCCCUUGGAGGGAAUACCAAGACGCUGAUGGUAGCGUGCUUAUCUCCGGCUGAUAACAACUAUGACGAAAGCCUCAGUACUUUGCGCUAUGCUAAUCGAGCGAAAAACAUCAAGAACAAGCCCUGUAUCAAUGAGGACCCCAAGGAUGCUCUGCUGAGGGAAUACCAGGAGGAGAUUAAGAAGCUGAAGGCCAUUCUAGCUGCACAAAUGAGCACAAAUAACUUGUCAGGUAGGAAAGCCCUUAGUGACUGAAGAGACAUUUUUAUCUUUGACAGAAAAAUGUGGCCACCUCCUCUCCUCAAACCUCAGUUAGAUCUUGAAGCGGAGAAGCAGCUGAUCAGAGAAGAGUACGAAGAGAUGCUGGCCCAACUAAAGGCCAGCUACGAAGCGGAGCAGGCAUCUCGUGUCCGCCUCGAAGAGGACAUCAGUAGCCUGAGGAAUCACUACGAUCUCAAGCUGUCUGCUCUGGAGGACAACCUAAGGAAGGAAGCAGGUGUGGACCAGACAGCUGCCAUGAGGACUGAAACUGCUCCUGAUGAGACACCUCUGCAGGAAAACUCUGUUGCUGCAGCAGAUGAAGAACCAACGUCAGCUCAGGACCUGGCAGUGCCUCGGAUUGUUGGAGAUGCUGGUGAUGUGAGCAAGGGGAGUGCAGGAGCAGAGAUGGCUGUCACAGCUGGGGGGAUUUUCUUGCCUGCAGACCAGCAGCAGGUGCUCGCCAGGCUGCAGAUCCUAGAGCAACAAGUGGUAGGGGGGGAACAGGCUAAAAACAAGGACCUCAGAGAAAAGCAUAGACGCCGGAAAAAAUAUGCGGACGAGCGGAGGACGCAGCUGGUGGCCGCACUGCAGCAAGGGAACGAGGAUUUUUUUCUGCUGAACGUCUACGACUCCAUCCAGGAGGAGGUUCGAGCCAAGAGCAAGCUUCUGGAGAAGAUGCAGAAGAAGCUGCAGGCUGCCGAGACCGAAAUCAAAGAUCUGCAGUCGGAGUUUGAGCUGGAAAAGAUCGAUUACCUCGGCACCAUCCGCCGCCUGGAGCGCGACCUGCUGCUCUGCCAGCAGCUGCUGGAUCAGGUGCAGUCCCUCAUCCGCCGCGACUGUAACUACAGCAAUCUGGAGAAGAUCAAGCGCGAAUCCGUCUGGGAUGAGGAAACCGGCUGCUGGAAAAUUCCAGAACCCGUCAUUCAAAAAACCCGCCUGCCCACAGCAGUUCCAGCCCCGCCGCAGCCCAAACCUGCCCACAAGAGCCCUGCAGCUGAUAGCGGAGCGCUAACGCCCGAGGAAGACCGUUACAGGUUGGUGCUGAACAGGAGUGACAGCGAAACCAUCGCCAGCAACUACUUCCGAUCCACGCGAGCCAGCCAGAUCCUACACCCUGAACCGACCCAGAACCGAGCUCCCCUGGGGCCAGAGCGGGCUCUGGGCUGUGCGUCUGCCCGGCCCCGGCCCUUCCGCCUCCAGGCCCUUGCCUUGGCGCUGCCUACCACCGCCCCCACCAAGCGCAAAAAGGGCAAAGCCAGCUCCAACAGCCGCCCGCUCUGA